GCACGCCUGCACCCUCCAUCAUCUACCGGAAAACAGCAGAUUUCAUGGACUGUACGACACACGACCACCGAUAACCUGGAAUACUGAUAGUUAUCGUGUCAUCCCUGAAGGUACUUAUAAACUGUCCACACCUGUCUGUCUCUUUGGCUGGUCUCUCCGCCCACCCUGACCUGGGAAUGAACGCACCAAUGAGGAGCCAACUCACAGGUAUGCCUGAUCGCAUGUUAUGUGCAGUGCUGGAGCAAUUUCAGCUUUACUUUUCCCUUUGGUAUGUGUGCUUUGUCUCCAUUGAGGGUGUCAUUUCCCCCUAUAUGUGUACUUCUGUUCCAAUUCAAACCGGCCCUUGCUUACCAUCCCCCCAUGUAAGGCACUGGGUUGCCUGCUAGCCUUUGAUGCUUAUACACAUAGUGAAGAUCAAGUAUGAUCUUUGCAUCCCGAUCCACUCCCUAUAUAGCACAGCUAGCCCAAGCAUGCUGAAGAGGAAACAGAGCUCGAGGGUUGAGGCCCAGGCCAUGACAGACUUCGGGCCUGAUGAAACCCUCGCUGACAGCACCGAUAUCUUGUGGAUAAACAAACCAUGGGUGCACUCUCUUCUGCGAGCCUGUGCCAUCAUAAGCGUCAUCAGUGUGUGUAUGAACACACCGAAGACUUUUGAGCACUACCCCCCCCUGCAGUACGUGACUUUCACACUGGAUACGCUGCUCAUGUUCCUCUACACCGCUGAGAUGAUUGCCAAGAUGCACAUAAGAGGAAUCAUAAAGGGGGAUAACUCGUACGUUAAGGAUCGCUGGUGUAUGUUUGACGGCUUCAUGGUCUUCUUCCUCUGGGUGUCUCUGGUGCUUCAGGUGUUUGAGAUUGCGGAACUUGUCGACCAGAUGUCUCCCUGGGGCAUGCUGAGAAUCCCCAGAGCGCUCAUCAUGAUCCGAGCCUUCAGGAUCUACUUCCGUUUUGAGCUGCCUCGCUCACGCAUCACCAACAUCCUCAAGCGUUCAGGGGAACAAAUCUGGAGUGUGUCAAUAUUCUUGCUAUUCUUUCUCCUCCUGUAUGGAAUCCUGGGAGUUCAGAUGUUUGGAACAUUUAAUUUUCACUGCGUUACCAACGACACAACAAAAGGUAAUGUGACUUGGAACAGCCUGGCCAUUCCCGACACCCACUGUUCUCCAGCUGGGGAGGGCUACCUGUGUCCUGUCGGAUUUAAGUGUGUGGACCUAGAAGAACUUGGGCUCAGCAGACAGGAGUUGGGCUACAGUGGGUUCAAUGAGCUUGGUACGAGUAUCUUCACUGUGUACGAGGCAGCAUCUCAGGAGGGCUGGGUGUUCCUUAUGUACCGGGCCAUCGACAGUUUCCCACGCUGGCGCUCUUACUUCUACUUCAUCACGCUCAUCUUUUUCCUGGCAUGGCUUGUCAAGAAUGUAUUUAUUGCUGUCAUCAUUGAGACCUUUGCUGAGAUUAGAGUUCAGUUCCAGCAAAUGUGGGGUUCGCGAAGCAGCACCACCUCAACUGCCACCACACAGAUGUUCCAUGAAGACUCGGCUGGAGGAUGGCAGCUCGUUGCUGUGGACGUCAACAAACCACACGGCCGCGCCCCAGCCUGCCUCCAGCAACUCAUGCGUUCCUCAGUUUUCCACAUGUUUAUCCUGACGAUGGUUGCCGUGGAUGUAAUCGUUGCCGCCAGCAACUACUACAAGGGGGAGCACCAAACAAGUAACUACGAUGAGUUCUACCUAGCUGAGGUGGCAUUUACUGUGCUGUUUGACCUAGAGGCGAUGUUGAAGGUGUGGUGCCUAGGCUUUACUGGUUACAUCAUCUCCUCACUCCAUAAGUUUGAGUUGCUGCUGGUGGUGGGAACGACCCUGCAUAUCUACCCCUACCUGUACCACUCCCAGUUCACCUACUUCCAGGUGCUGCGAGUGGUUCGUCUGAUAAAGAUAUCCCCUGCACUAGAGGACUUUGUGUACAAAAUCUUCGGCCCUGGUAAGAAGCUGGGCAGCCUGGUGGUAUUCACAGCCAGCCUGCUCAUAGUUAUGUCAGCAAUCAGUCUUCAGAUGUUCUGCUUCGUGGAGGAACUAGACCGAUUCACCACCUUUCCUAGGGCAUUCAUGUCUAUGUUCCAGAUCUUAACCCAGGAAGGUUGGGUGGAUGUGAUGGACCAGACCCUUGUGGCUGUAGGUCAAAUGUGGGCUCCUGUAGUGGCCAUCUACUUCAUCCUCUACCACCUAUUUGCUACUCUGAUUCUGCUCAGUCUUUUUGUGGCUGUCAUCCUUGAUAAUCUGGAGCUGGAUGAAGACCUGAAGAAACUAAAACAAUUGAAGCAAAGCGAGGCCAAUGCAGACACCAAAGAGAAACUUCCCCUACGUCUAAGGAUCUUUGAGAAGUUCCCCAAUAGACCCCAGAUGGUCAAGAUCUCCAAGCUGCCCUCUGACUUCACUGUGCCUAGAAUCAGGGAGAGUUUCAUGAAACAGUUCAUCGAUCGGCAGCAGCAAGACACCAGCUGUCUGUUCCGCCGCCUGCCCUCCGCCUCCUCAUCCUCCUGCGACCACUCCAAACGGUCGGCCAUAGAAGACAACAAAUACAUUGACCAGAAGCUCCGAAGGUCAAUAUUUAGCAUCAGGGCUCGCAACCUACUGGAGAAGGAGACAACUAUCAAUAAAAUCCUGCGGGCUUGCACCAGACAGCGUAUGCUGAGUGGAUCCUUUGAGGGCCAACCACUGAAAGAGCGGUCUAUCCUCAGUGUCCAACACCAUAUACGCCAAGAACGCAGGUCUCUGAGACAUGGCUCCACCAGUCAGCGAAUCAGCAGAGGAAAGUCCCUGGAAACACUUACACAGGAUUCAGAGCAGAGAUCACACUGGCACCCGCAUUCUAGCACGGUGCGUUAUCGCAAUGCCCAGAGGGAAGACAGCGAGAUCAAGAUGAUCCAGGAGAAGAAGGAGCAGGCUGAGAUGAAGCGGAAGGUCCAGGAAGAGGAACUUAGGGAGAAUCAUCCUUACUUUGACAAACCUCUCUUCAUCGUGGGCAGAGAGCACCGCUUCAGAAACUUCUGCAGGACGGUAGUUCGGGCACGAUUCAAUGCGUCCAAAACAGAUCCUAUAACUGGGGCCGUGAACUCAAAAUACCACCAGCUUUAUGAUCUCCUGGGGCUGGUCACCUAUCUGGACUGGGUGAUGAUUGUAGUGACCAUCUGCUCAUGUAUCUCCAUGAUGUUUGAAUCUCCGUUCACCAGAGUAAUGCAUGUACCCACAUUACAGAUAGGAGAGUAUGUCUUUGUUAUCUUCAUGAGUAUCGAACUGAAUCUGAAGAUCAUGGCAGACGGUCUGUUCUUCACUCCCACGGCUGUCAUUAGAGACUUCGGAGGAGUCAUGGACAUCUUCAUUUACCUCUGCAGCCUGAUCUUCCUCUGCUGGCUACCAUCUAAUGUGCCUCCAGAGUCCGGUGCUCAGCUGCUGAUGAUGCUGAGGUGUCUUCGCCCCGUACGCAUUUUCAAACUGGUUCCCCAGAUGAGGAAGGUGGUGCGGGAGGUCAUUAAGGGAUUCAAGGAGAUUUUCCUGGUCUCCAUCCUGCUCCUGACUCUAAUGCUUGUGUUUGCAAGCUUUGGCGUUCAGCUCUUUGCCGGAAAACUAGCCAAGUGCAAUGACCCCCAUGUAUCCGACCGGAAAGACUGCCAUGGAAUCUUCCGUAUCAACGUGAGCGUUUCUAAAAACCUCAACCUCAGACUACGACCAGGAGAGAAGAAACCUGGCUUCUGGGUGCCAAGGGUGUGGGCUAAUCCUCGCAACUUUAAUUUUGACAAUGUAGGUAAUGCCAUGCUGGCUCUGUUUGAGGUGCUUUCACUGAAAGGAUGGGUGGAGGUCCGUGAUGUCAUCAUUCACCGUGUGGGAACGAUCCAUGGUAUCUACAUCCACGUCUUUGUCUUUCUGGGCUGUAUGAUUGGACUCACUCUGUUUGUCGGCGUGGUCAUUGCUAACUUCAAUGAAAACAAGGGAACCGCUCUGCUCACAGUAGACCAGAGGAGAUGGGAGGACCUAAAGAGUCGACUGAAAAUCGCCCAGCCACUCCACCUGCCUCCCCGACCAGAGAACGCCGGGUUCCGUGCAAAGAUGUAUGACAUCACUCAGCACCCUUUCUUCAAACGGGGAAUUGCUGUGCUGGUCUUGGCUCAGUCAGUGCUGCUAUCUGUCAAGUGGGAUGUAGAUGAAGCAGUUACAAUGCCUCUUGCCACCAUGUCGGUGGUCUUCACCAUCAUCUUUGUGUUAGAGGUAACCAUGAAGUUCAUAGCUAUGUCCCCGGCGGGUUACUGGCAGAGCAGACGGAACCGCUAUGAUUUACUGGUGACAAUACUGGGGGUCAUAUGGAUAGUCCUACAUUUUGCUCUACUGAAUGCGUAUACCUACAUGAUGGGCACCUGUGUCAUCGUGUUCAGGUUCUUCACCAUCUGUGGGAAGCAUGUGACUUUGAAGAUGCUGCUGCUGACAGUCGUCGUUAGUAUGUAUAAAAGCUUCUUCAUCAUUGUGGGAAUGUUCCUCCUCCUACUCUGCUACGCCUUUGCGGGCGUCGUCUUAUUCGGAACUGUCAAAUACGGAGAGAACAUCAACAGGCAUGCUAACUUCUCCACGGCGGGCAAGGCCAUUACUGUUCUGUUCCGUAUUGUCACAGGGGAAGACUGGAACAAGAUCAUGCAUGACUGCAUGGUGCAGCCUCCCUUCUGUACACCUGACAAGCAUCGCUACUGGGAGACGGACUGUGGCAACUAUGCCGGAGCACUCAUCUAUUUCUGCUCAUUCUAUGUCAUCAUUGCUUACAUCAUGCUCAACCUUCUCGUGGCCAUCAUCGUGGAAAACUUCUCUCUGUUCUACUCCACUGAGGAGGACCAGCUACUGAGCUACAACGACCUCCGACACUUCCAAAUCAUAUGGAACAAUGUGGACGACAAGAGAGAGGGAGUAAUCCCCACAUCGCGGGUGAAGUUCCUGCUUCGCCUGCUGAGGGGCAGACUGGAGGUGGACCUGGACAAGGACAAGCUGCUGUUCAAACACAUGUGCUACGAGAUGGAGAGACUACACAAUGGAGGGGAUGUCACCUUCCACGACGUUCUCAGUAUGUUGUCGUACCGCUCGGUGGACAUCAGGAAAUCUCUACAACUAGAGGAGUUACUGGCUAGAGAGCAGCUGGAGUACACCAUAGAAGAAGAAGUGGCCAAGCAGACCAUACGCAUGUGGCUCAAGAAGUGCCUCAAGCGCAUCCGUGCCAAACAGCAGCAGUCGUGCAGCAUCAUUCACAGUCUGAGAGAGAGCCAACAGCAGGAGCUCAGUCGCUUCCUCAACCCCCCCAGCAUACAGACCACCCUGCCUAGCGAUGACAUCCAUGCUAACCAGGACCAUCCAACACAGCCAGAGCUGAGUGGUCUCCAACAGUUGCUGAGCCCUACUCUGUCUGACCGUGGUGGAUACCGACAGGACUCCUCAGAACGCCCUCAGAGGAAACUUGGACAGUGGAGACUACCUGCAGGUCGUACCAGUGUUAAGUCCAUGGUGUGUAAGAUGAACCCUGUGAGCGACGAAGCAUCCUCGGGAUCAGAGGUCAAGAAAUGGUGGACGCGUCAACUGACAGUGGAGAGCGACGAGAGUGGUGACGACCUCAUAGAUAUUUGAAGGGACAACAAGAAAAACUAUGCUACGCGCACAUAUUGGAACGGGCCCCAGUUUGCCUACUCAGCACUUAAUACAUCAUUUUUCUAAAACCAUAUCCAGUCACAUUUGACUGAUAUGAUAGAGGGUGACAGGGUGGAUUUUUUUCUCUCUGGUCUGGACCUCUGAAAAAGUAAUGAGCAGCCAUCUUGCAUUGGUUGCCAUCUUGCAUCGGUUGUGUGUUAGGAGCAGUGUUUUCUCAAAAUUGAGGGUUUGUGAAUGGAGAAUAUGAAAACUGGAGAAUUGCUCUUAGGUUCAAGACUGUUGUGUAUUUGAAAAAUUGGUUUAGCUAUUUGGUGAUUCAUAAAGACAUUGAAAAGGGCUCAAUGCAAAGAUUUGGAACUACAGAUUUUUGAGUCCCAAUGAAUGUUACCUUUAAAUGUUCUUGUGUUUCUAUGCAUUGUUUUUGUGGUGUCUAUUAAACAGAUUUGUGUGUGGUACCCUGUCAAAACAACCUUUAAUUAGCAUCAAUGUCCUUUGGGUUGUGAAUGUCACAGUGGACAGUAUAUCGGAAAUGCGAAAUGAGUCAUAUAAACCAAUCAAGUCUUCUGUUACAUGGCUUUAUGUCAUCAUUGUCAUUUACAAAUACAAUCUAAUAGUUAUAAAAUACAGUACCAAAAUAUAUUAUACACAUUUAUUGUAUUUUGUUGUUGCAAAUUUUAUUAUAAAUGUAUUGUGAAAUAUGAUUCAAAUGCUUGAAAUGCAUAGCCAUAUUUCUGUGUUAUUCUCCUGUUGUCUGUUAAGUGAGCCAAUAUCUCUGACCAUCUCCAGUUUUAUUAUACAUUUACUGUCAAUUUGCUUAUAAUUUCAUCACUAUUUAUGAGUCCAGGUUUCUUGUUCUGGAGUAAAACAAGUAAAAUAAAGAUAUUUAUUACUAAAGGGUGAAAGGAAAUAUUUCAGAAGACAGAAUGUUCUUCUAGAAUAAAUGCAUUUGUGCGGAAUAAAAUAUAAAAACAUUUGAUAUAUUGCUAUAUAUUGCUAAUAUAUACUACAUUAUAUUAUAGAUCCAUGAUGGGUUUGUGUGAAAAAUUAAAUAAAGUAAUUUUAUCUGCAAAAAUGCAUUAGUGUAUAUAAGUAGUGUGUAAACAAAGACUUUUUGUCAUAUAGAUAUAAAGCAGGAGAUAGGGAUUUUAGUUCCCAAAUGACUGAGAUAGUUGGCGCCAGUGUAGGAAUUUCAUUCCAUAGCCGUCGUUGCCCUUCACUCUGGCCAUGAUGCCCCGAAAAUCAUGGUAAGCCCUACUGCCACCAUGGCCAUUUUGCUCCUGCUACUGUAAAAAUCUUGCGGUCAGCAGUUGGUUUGUUUGUAGUUUGCAACUGAGAACAACCACAAGAACGGACUACAUGCAGGUUAGCUGACCUAUUUAGUGCUUAACUGAAAUCAAACCUCUAUGUUUUGGAAGGUGCAUUCAUGAGCAACUGGGUGGUGGGAAAGAUCCGACCUCCGAGAAUACCCCUGAACGCUUUAUAAAAGCUCAGAGAAAUAAUAUUAGGUUUUGUCAUCACUAGAUAUGGCAGCGUUUGUGGUGUAAAAAAAAAAAAAAAAUAAUACUUGUUCCACACA